AUGCACCCAGAACCUGCACCCAGAACACAGGGGACCUGUACUUGCCGAUACCCGACAGAUGCACCCAGAACCUGCACCCAGAACCUGCACCCAGAACCUGCACCCAGAACCUGCACCCAGAACACAGGGGACCUGUACUUGCCGAUACCCGACAGAUGCACCCAGAACCUGCACACAGAACCUGCACACAGAACCUGCACCCAGAACCUGCACCCAGAACCUGCACCCAGAACCUGCACCCAGAACCUGCACCUAAAACACAGGGGACCUGCACUUGCCGAUACCCGACAGAUGCACCCAGAACCUGCACCCAGAACACAGGGGACCUGUACUUGCCGAUACCCGACAGAUACAUCCAGAACCUGCACCCAGAACACAGGGGACCUGUACUUGCCGAUACCCGACAGAUACAUGUACAUCCAGAACCUGCACCCAGAACACAGGGGACCUGUACUUGCCGAUACCCGACAGAUACACCCAGAACCUGCACCCAGAACCUGCACUCAGAACCUGCACCCAGAACCUGCACCCAGAACCUGCACCCAGAACCUGCACCCAGAACCUGCACCCAGAACACAGGGGACCGGCACUUGCCGAUACCCGACAGAUACACCCAGAACCUACACCCAGAACACAGGGGACCUGUACUUGCCGAUACCCGACAGAUACAUCCAGAACCUGCACCCAGAACACAGGGGACCUGUACUUGCCGAUACCCGACAGAUACAUCCAGAACCUGCACCCAGAACACAGGGGACCUGUACUUGCCGAUACCCGACAGAUACACCCAGAACCUGCACCCAGAACCUGCACUCAGAACCUGCACCCAGAACCUGCACCCAGAACCUGCACCCAGAACACAGGGGACCUGCACUUGCCGAUACCCGACAGAUACACCCAGAACCUGCACCCAGAACACAGGGGACCUGUACUUGCCGAUACCCGACAGAUACACCCAGAACCUGGGUGUAUCUGUCGGGUAUCGGCAAGUACAGGUCCCCUGUGUUCUGGGUGUAG